AUGUGUGGUAAACCCCGUUCCACGGGUUGUGUUGCUUUUUAAGCAAGAAUCCUAAUCGUGAAUGAGGGCAGCUAUUAGCCGAGGGUACGCGAAGCCUCGACGCUGUUCACCGGCCGUUAGUUGACUGGAAUAAAACAUCGUUUGUAAAAAUCAUCUUCUUGGCCGUUUACUAGCCGCGAACACAGAGAAUCCAUUCGGGAGCGUCUCGGAGCGGAUGUCCAGAGCGAGUAGCGAGUGUUGUGAGUCGCGCGCGAAAACGGAUGCAAGAACGAAAGCAAAGUUCAAGGAAAAAAACGUGUGGAACAAAAGAGGACAACUCAAGGACGCCGUUUUCCGGCAGCCUCCGGCCGCGUCGCAGGACCGACGUCAAUAUACAUUACAAUAAAUCUUCAGGAAAAUAACUGUGCCGCGUGCGUCCGUCAAGUUUUGAAUGUGUUUGGUUCGAACCUCUCGUGGCGUUCCCGAGUUGAAGUUAUUCCAAUCCCCCUUUAUUCACUUGGAUGAUCCAUUUAUUUAUUUACAAUCAAUCACGGCACAUCAUCGGAGUAACAACGGUAUCGUCAGUUCGGGUCGCUGUUGCUCGUCGGACAGCUUUUGGUGACGGAACCGGAAGUGAUCUUUUUUUUUCUCCCCGAUGCAUGAGAACGUUUGUGUUUCCAGAAUUACGCCAAUAAAAGCCUCGUAAGCGAGGGGCUCUAACCGUCCAUUCUGAACGGUCAGCGAGAACGGAACAGAGCGAAGCGCGCGCGUAAAUAAUUGGCGACGCGAAGAGAGCGUUGGACGAAACGCUAACCUCCGUUAGCACGGAAGCUGACUGCGGACAGAGGCUCCAAUGGAAGGUCUGAGACCGCCGCCGAUCCUUUCUUUGCAUUCCGGCGAUUUGGCCAAGGCGUGGAAAACGUGGAAAGAGCAAUUCGCCUUGUACGUGGAACUGACCAUGCCGAACGCGGAGGAAGCCACGAAGUGCAACCUGUUUCACAUCCUCGUAGGCGAAGAAGGUAGACGACUGUUGAAGGCGCGGCGGCGCAUCGACGACGCGUCCGCAAGGGACACCGUGAGGGAUAUGAUGAGAACGUUUGACGAACUUUGGAACCCGAAGCGAAACGAAACCGCGGCGAGAUACGCCUUCUUCACCAGAGAUCAAGCAACGGGAGAAAACGUCGACGAGUACGUCGCGGAAUUAAGAGCUUUGGCCGGCACCUGCCAUUUUGAGCAGUUGAAAGACUCCUUGAUUAAAGACAGAAUAGUGUGUGGCACAAACGACAGCGGGCUGAGAGAAAGGCUGCUGAGAGAAGAGAAUCUAACGCUGGACAAAUGCUUGAAGAUCUGCAGAGCGUCGGAGCCGUCACGAGAAAACUGCAAAACACCGCGAGGGCAGUCGCUGAACCGAGCGUGUUCGCUCAAAGAAGAAAAGACCAGCAAAGAUCUCGGUCCCGGGCAGCAGGUCACGCAAUUUGCCAACAUCAAAGAGGAGGUGAAGGAGGAGCAGGAGGAGGAACGAGAGCCUCUUCACAUCAAAGAGGAGCAACGGAAGGAUGACAUGGACGACGUUGGCUUCAUCGCCGUCACUGUGAAAAGUGACAAAGACGUCAGUGAAGAAGAUCUUCAUCCCGAGUCACCUCACGUUCAGGAGGAAGAGGACUAUCGUGUUGGCGGGAUGCCGCCGACCUUUGCCCCUUUGACCGUUGAACAAGGUGAAGAGGAAUGCCAAAGUGAGCGGAGCGGGGGGACGCAGCCUCCAAACUGCAGCUCAAGUCAACCCGUGACAACUGAAGGCGGUGCGGGCCAGCGGGGACGAUCCCGUGCAGACCGUGAUGGCGACAUCACAUCGCGUGCUCAUUAUACUGACGUCGGGGAGAAAUAUUUCGUGUGUUCGGUCUGCCACCAGAAAUUUAGGACGCGCUCUAACUUCAAAGUACACGUAAGAACGCACACGGGAGAGAAACCCUUUGCCUGCUCGGUUUGCGGUAAAACAUUCUCGAGAAAGGGGGAUUUGGGAACGCACUCAAGAACGCACACCGGGGAGAAACCCUUUGCCUGCUUGGUGUGUGGUCAACAUUUCUCUGAAAGGGGCAGCGUGAGAAAACACGCAAGAACCCAUACUGUAAAGAAACCGUUUGCCUGCUGCCAUUGCGGCAAAACGUUCACCAAGAAGGACUAUUUAAGAAGGCACGUGAGAACACACACUGGGGAGAAACCCUUUGCCUGCUCAGUGUGUGGUCAACAAUUCUCUGCUAGGGGCGGCUUGAGAAAACACGCAAGAAUCCAUUCCGGAGAGAAACCUUUUGCCUGCUCAGUUUGCGAUAAGAGAUUUAAUGAUAGGGGACAUUUAAAAACGCACUCGAGAACGCAUACCGGGGAGAAACCCUUUGCCUGCUUAGUGUGUGGUCAACAAUUCUCUGAAAGGGGCAGCGUGAGAAGACACGCAAGAACCCAUACUGGAGAGAAACCGUUUGCCUGCUGCCAUUGCGGCAAAACGUUCGCACAGAAGGCACAUUUAAGAAGGCAUACGAGAACACACACCGGAGAGAAGCCGUUCAGCUGCAGCCAGUGCAAUAAACACUUCACUUACAAGAAUGAGGUCACGAAACAUGAUUGUGCUGUUGAGAACAGCAGCGCUCGCACACGUUUGCUCUCCGCCAAGCGAUCGUUUGACUCCCCGGAUUCUGAUUUACUUGAACGCACGGAGGCGCCGAGGCACUACCUACGUCCCGGCCGACUAAAACAGGAGGAGUUGGAGGAGUUUCACGAAGAGUACGAGGAGGACGUUUGUGGGCCAAGCAAGGAGAGCGAGCGUCGAGUCCCGGACGCCGAUGUCGAACAGCCUCCACUUUGGCUCCGUGACGCAGACGUCAGUGAAGAUCUUGUUGAGUCUCCCCGCAUCAAAACGGAAGAGGCGCCGCAGCCUGCGCGCGUUAAAGAAGGGAUGCCGGAUCCCGUUCGCAUCAAAGUGGAGGAAGAGCCCGAGGCACCGCGCGUCAAAGAAGACGAGCGGGAGGACCGGAUCUCAAAGUCUCCAUUGGCUGGCGUCAUUGUGAAGAGCGAAGGAGCCCAUCGUGGAGGAACCCCAUCGGACGGCCUCCUGGCUCCGCUUUCAGACAGCGAUGACGUCACGUCACACUCUUCCGACUAUGGUGACGACGACGACGACGAUGGCAACAAGUGGGCCACCGAGAAACGCGGCGACCACCAUCGCGUGGAAAUGUGCACGAGACGCGUGAAAGACGAGGAAUGCGACGAGGAACUUUGGCGGACCAAAGAGGAGAAGGAGCCACGGAGCCAAGCGCUUUGCAAGGCGGAGCCUCGAGUUCCGUCAGACCCAGCAGUCGCCUGUCUUGGCCCUGAGCGGCAGGUGCCAGAAAAGGUUCGGAUCAAAGACGAAGCGGAGCCAGAGGCAGAGGAGCCUCUUUGCGUUAAAGAGGAAGAGCGGGAGGACGAGCUCGGCUUUCCGCUGGCCUGCGUCACCGUGAAGAUUGAAGAAGGGGACGAGGACCACCGCGGAGGAUCCCACUCCGACGGCCUCUCGGCGCCCCCGUCGGAGAGUGAACACAUCACGUCGCACUCUUCAGACUAUGACGACGGCGAUGCCGAACGCGCCACAGGUGACGGGACGUGCCCGACCGACGCCAAACGAGUCAAGUGUUCUUACUGCGACAAAACGUUUUGCAGAAAGUCCGUGUUGAAAGUACACACGAGGAAGCACACCGGAGAGAGACCCUUUGUCUGCUCCGUCUGCGGCAAGGGCUUCAUUCAGAAGGGCGCUUUAAGGGCCCACGUCAGAACGCACACUGGAGAGAAACCUUUUGCCUGCUCCGUUUGCGGCAAAAGCUUCAUUCAGAAGGGCGCUUUCAGAGCGCACGCGGGCACGCACACCGGGGAGAAACCUUUUGUUUGCGCCGUUUGCGGGAAACGAUUCUUUCGGAAGGGCGACUUAAGAAUACACAUCAGGACGCACACCGGCGAAAAACCUUGCGCGUGCUCCGUUUGCGGCAAGUGCUUCACUCGCAACUCGCAAUUAACGAGGCACGCCAAAACGCACACCGGAGAAAAACCUUUUGCGUGCGCCGUUUGCGGCAAGAGCUUCACUCAUAACGCCACGUUGACGAGGCACGCCAAAAUCCACACCGGGGACAAACCCUUCGCCUGCUCCGUUUGCGGCAAAAGCUUCACCCAGAAGGGCGACGUCAAGGUGCACGCCAGAACGCACACGCGAGAAAAGCAUUUCGCCUGCUCCGUUUGCGGUCAAAUUUACGAUUGCAGGGCGGAUUUAAGGACGCACGCGAGAACGCACAGCGGAGAGAAACGUUUUGCUUGCCCGGUUUGCGGGAGCCGAUUCGCGAGGAUCGGCGACUUGCGAGUUCACGAGAGAACCCAUACCGGAGAAAAACCUUUUGCCUGCUCCUUUUGUGGCAAGCGAUUCUUAAAGAACGGCGACCUCAGAGUCCACACGAGAACACACACCGGAGAGAAGCCGUAUGCCUGCUCGGUUUGCGGCAAAAAAUUCACUCGGAGCGGAGGCUUAAAAAAACACGCGGAGACGCACGCCGAGGAUCCGAGGGGUCAAAGAUCGUGGGCUCAAGGAGAGACGCAAGGGCGCUUCCUCUCCAAAGUGAAAAAGGAAAGCGAAUGGGAUUCCAUUUCUGCAAACUGACGUCACGGCGGCGGGUGGGCCCCACGCCGCGCCGCCGUCCUCGCAUCUCCGUCUUUGCUCAUCUGCUCUCUCGCCGCCCGGAAGCUGGCGACGACGUCCGCGAUGGCGUGCCGUCUACCUACCUGUCAUUUGACACUGUUUGAUCAAUGACCAUGUCAUUAAAUUCAUUGGAAAUA